AUGCUUCUAAGAACUUCCAUUUCCAAUACCAAGAAGUUCUUUCGAAGAACCCUAGAAACUUUCAAGUCUUUGCUUUCUGAUGGCUACCAAAGGAUUCCCAAGAGCCCUCCCUCCAAUCCUUUUUCUCGCAGUACUGGUGGCAGUGUAGACAUUAACAUCAGCCAAAGUUACAGAGAAUUGGACUUGUUCUACCAGGAUUUCACCACCCGAUGGGACCACGAAAAUGAAAAAUUGAAGAAGAGAAGCAAGAAAAAAAAAACGUCAACAACCAGGGCAAAACAUGAAGAUGACAGAAUUUGUGCUGAAGAUUUGAUGAAGUUUUCAAAGGUGACUCCGACGAAUGCUCCGGCAAAGACUUAUCAGGUAGAAGAAAGAGAGGACCAAAAGAAGAAGAGACUUGUUUAUGAAGGAAGAAGGAAACAAGAGUACUUACCAAAUUCUCUAGGUGAGAUCAGAAAGGAAAGGAAUUGUUUGGUGACAGAAAAGCUGAAGGAACUGGAAAUUGUGGAUAAGGGUAAUGUAGAGCAUGUAUUGGACAUUGAAGAGGUUAUUCACUACUAUUCUCUUUUAACUUGCCCGGCCUAUCUCGACAUUGUUGACAAGUUUUUCAUGGACAUUUACACAGAAGCCAUCAGUCUGAAAACACAAUCCGAGGGUAACAAUACAAUUCAAACACAAUUCUGUGAUGAGUAAAGUUGUGGAGAGUCUUUCUCUCUCCCCUCAGGAAAAUGACGGA